GUGAAGUUGAAGAGAGCCCCGCAUGAAUUACUGUUACUAAACACUGUCAGACAGAGAGCAGCAGACCACUUCUGGAAAUGGCUCAAGAGGAUCAGAGUGAGACGUCACAACAAACAGCCUCCAGUGACGAAGACAAAGGGCCGGAGACGCAGGUGAUAACCUCAAAAGCUUCUCCCCCAGUCAUCGAAAUUCAAGACUCAAUGACUGAAUGUGAGGAAGAAGCGAGGCCCGGUAAAGUGCAGAUGGAGGAGAAGGCGUUUGUAUCCAGUCUGCACUCCUUCAUGAAGGACAGAGGGACUCCCAUCGAAAGGAUCCCACAUCUGGGCUUCAAACAGAUUAAUCUUUGGAGGAUCCACAAAGCUGUGGAGAAACUUGGGGGCUAUGAUUCAGUGACAGCUCGACGUCUUUGGAAGAAAGUGUAUGAUGACCUGGGAGGAAGUCCAGGAAGCACCAGCGCUGCUACAUGCACUCGCAGACACUACGAGAAGUUGGUGUUGCCUUUUGAGAGACACAUAAAAGGAGAGGAGGACAGACCUCUGCCUCCAAGCAAACCGCGGAAGCCAUAUAAGAGAAAUUCGGAUGGCAAGAUCACGAAGGUUGAGAAGAAGAGGAAACGGACUGAGUCGGAAAGAGACAUGGAUUCAGAGAUGGAGGUUCUCACCCAGAGAAGUCCAGAGGCCUCCAGCCAAAGUGAAGCAGUGCUGCCUCCUCUCUGGACCUCCACCUCUGAUAGACACCACCCAGACUGCUCUCCACCAAACAGAGCCACCACCAGCCUUUGCUCUCCUAUCUAUACCCACCUUGUCCAGGUCCCUCCAUCCGGACCCUGGACCUCUCAAAUCCCCUCAGCUGCCGGAGAGGUGAUCUCACCCCUGGAGAAAAAGAAGCGUAUGGCUCAGGCGAGUCUUAACCGGCCCUUGAGUCCUCAGAGAGAGGAUAAAGAAAGGCCCUCCGUCAUCCACUGCUCCCAGUCUCCAGCCAGGGCUUCUUCUUCAGGCCGUAACUGCAACUCCUCUGACAGCUCCCCGCUUCCUUCAUCUCCUUCAUCUUCACGCAGCACUUCCCCUCUCUCUGUUUCCUCAGAGGACGGUUCUGAAGGAAGUAAAGAAAAACCUACAUCAAGCUCUGAACUACCCAAAAAUGGUGUAAAAAGGACCCCCUGUGGUGAGGAGGCUGUGAGCUGUAGUCAGAAAUCAAAAGAUCCUGCAAGACAGAAUAAAGACAUCACACUCCCAUCUGCAGACUAUAUCACAGCCCAGAUUAAAGACUGGAUGCCAAUCCACAAAGGGAGUGUCAAAUACUCACAUCCUUUGCACUCAUCCUCCUCUUUCAUGGUGAGAUCUGACUGGGCUCCAGCGUCUACCUCUAGUUUUACCAAAGUUGUUCCAAAAUCCUUGCAGCUUCUGCGGCCCGCUCCUAUUCGGCCGAGUUAUAAAAUGCAGCAGGACAACUCUGUGACCUGUCUGAAGAAGAACAACACAGCACCGUGGCUUUAUCAGACAGAGAAGAGGGAGAAAUCCAGGACAAUGCUGCAAAAAGUUCCCCCCACUCAGCAGAGUCCGGCCCACCCCCCCUCCAGCCUGCCUAUGUCCUACGUUCUGUCCAGAGACCCUCGGCUCCAGCCUGUGUUACAUCCGGCAUUUCUCCAACACAGAAUGAGACUACCUCCCUCUCAGAUAAUGUACCGACACCACCCGAUGAGUUCUGCUCACUCGGCUCUCAUUGGGUCUGCUGUUUACCCGUAUCCCUACUCCAUCCCUCUGUUAAAUCCCCAAACUGGAUAUACCCUACCUGCCAUGCAUCAAAUGUACCCUCACAAGCUUUGAUUCUUUGUAUUUUAACAUCAGACUUGAAUUAAAAUAACUUUAAAGUUCAUCUUUACAUUGAGGAAAGCAGCCAUUGGUCCACUUUGUGUUGCUCUAAUUUCGGUGACGGCUGAAGAUUGUAACACCCACAUAUUUAAGUUAUGUGGCUUCACCAGUUACUAUCAUUAACCGUGUGCCUGUGUUGACCUUCUGUGGCCUGAACCAAACUACACUGAAGGGAAAUGAAGAUAUAGAUAUACAGUAUUUAUAGGAUCACAGGUUGAAUCAUCCAAAUGCAUCACACGGGCGCAUCAUUUAUAAACUCAAAGCAGAACUGUGCAAAUGUGUUAUUGUUUUUAUAGCAGUAAUUAUAUUAAAUCAUGACAUUGAUAACCUGUAACGUGUCCAUUUGUUGAGUGAAAAACUCUUUGUAUAUUUUACUCUAAAACAUAAGGAGAUGAACAAACAACAUUUUUAACAAGUUGUCGCACAUUGGAUUUUCAAUACUUUGUGUUAAAUAACUUUCUCACUGUACUGUAUUGUGAAGUUAGUCGAACAUUAUGACACGGUGUAAAUACUGUAUGUACCAUGGAUCAGUGUUUAAUAUUUUGAAAGAUAUUAUACGAAGAUCUUGUUGUCGUUCAUAUAUUAUUGUUUUCUUUUGUAACUAAAUUAUUGUAAAUAAAUAAAAAAACACAUCAAAAUCAAAAAA